AUGUCUCAAAUUACUUUAGGUCGUUACCUUUUCGAGAGAUUACAUCAAGUCCACGUCGACACUGUCUUUGGUGUUCCAGGUGAUUUUAACUUGGUUCUACUAGACAAACUUUAUGAAGUCGAAGGUAUGAGAUGGGCUGGUGAUACUAACGAAUUGAACGCCGCUUACGCUGCCGAUGGUUACGCUAGAAUUAAGGGUAUGUCCUGUGUCAUCACCACUUUUGGUGUUGGUGAAUUAUCUGCUUUGAACGGUAUUGCUGGUGCAUACUCUGAGCAUGUUGGUAUCCUUCAUGUCGUCGGUAUCCCAUCUACUGUCUCUCAGGCUAAGGGUCUUUUACUUCACCAUACUUUAGGUGAUGGUGACUUCGAUGUUUUCCACAGAAUGUCUACCAAUAUUUCUAAGACCUCUUCAAUGUUGAAUGAUAUCGCCACUGCUCCAGCCGAAAUUGAUAGAUGUAUUAGAGCUACUUACAUUAGCAAGAGACCUGUCUACUUAGGUAUUCCAGCUAACUACUUCGACGUCCAAGUAUCUGCUGAUCUUUUGAAAACCCCAAUCGAGUUAUCCUUGAAGCCAAACGACAAAGAAGCUGAGGAUGAAGUUAUUAACGAAAUCUUGGCUUUGGUUAAGAGCGCCAAGAACCCAAUUAUUAUUGCUGAUGGUUGUGCUGCUAGACAUAAUGUUGAAGAUGAAACCAAACAAUUGGUUGAUGUUACCCAGUUCCCUGCCUUCUCAACACCUUUAGGUAAGGGUACCAUUGACGAAACCCACCCAAGAUACGGUGGUAUCUAUGUUGGUUCUUUAUCUAGCCCAGAGGUUAAGAAGGUUGUCGAAUCUGCUGAUUUAAUUCUUUCUGUCGGUGCAUUGCUAUCCGAUUACAACACUGGUUCGUUCACAUACUCAUAUAAUACUAAGAAGGUUGUUGAAUUCCAUUCUGACCAUAUGAAAAUUAGAAAUGCUACUUUCCCAGGUGUUCAAAUGAAUUUCGUACUUCCAAGAUUAUUGAAGGUUAUUGGUGCCGCUAACAAGGGUUACAAGCCAGUCUCUGUUCCAAAGCCUCUACCAUUGGAUAACAGUGCUGCUGCAUCUGCUCCAUUGAAACAAGAAUGGUUAUGGAGACACUUGAGCUCUUUCCUACAAGAAGGUGAUAUUGUUAUCACCGAGACAGGUACCUCUUCUUUCGGUAUAAAUUCUACUACUUUCCCACCAAACUCUGUUGGUAUCUCCCAAGUAUUAUGGGGUUCUAUUGGUUAUGCUGGCGGUGCUAUUUCCGGUGCCAGUUUUGCUGCCGAGGAAAUCGAUCCUUCAAGAAGAGUGAUCUUAUUUAUUGGUGAUGGUUCUUUACAAUUGACCGUUCAAGAAAUAUCUACUAUGGUUAGAUGGAAUUUGAAGCCAUACAUCUUCGUUUUGAAUAACAAUGGUUACACGAUCGAGAAGUUGAUCCAUGGUCUACAUGCUGAAUACAACGAAAUUCAACCAUGGGAUCAUCUAGCUUUACUACCAUUAUUUGGUGCCAAAGAUUACGAAGCCCAUAGAGUAUCCACAGUUGGUGAAUGGAACAAAUUGACCUCCAAUAAAUCGUUUCAAAAGAAUUCCAAGAUUAGAAUGAUCGAGGUUAUGUUACCAACCUUGGACGCACCUGCUUCUCUGAUCGCUCAAGGUAAGCUGUCUGAAGAGAUGAAUGGGGCCCAAUAA